AUGUCACGUAUACCUGCUUUACGCGAAGCGACAGAUUCAAGCGAUCAACAAUCGUCAUCGUCUCAAAAGCAUUCCACUGAACAGUCAACAACUGAACAAUUUCCCUCUGAAGUGGAUAACCUCAACUCACAAUCAAAUUCAACCAGACCAUCAACUGGCAAUACCGGCAUCACUACUGGUGUCGAAGGUAUCAAUUCUUCAUCAAAUCGCAGCUCAACGACUGCCAAUCAAGAAGUAGCUCGCCCGGAUGAACGUGAAGACCGAGAUAUAGCAUCACAAUCGGCCACUUCAUCUUCAGAAAGGAAUAAUAUACCCUCGACUGAACCAUCUCAGUCUUUCUAUCCUUCUGCCGAUCAUCUCUCUCGUGGUGCAUAUUCUGGCUCGCAAUACGGAGGUGGAUCUUUACCAAAUGAAACACAGCAAGCAUCUACCGGUCAACAAAUUACCUCUGAAGGCUACAUACCGCAAGCAGCAUAUCAACGAAGAUUGAAUCAACAAAAGUCUACCAGUCGACCGACGACGAGUAGAAGACAUUCUUUGAGCGGGAUGUCGCGGGUUCGCAAUGGCAGAAAGUAUAGACUGGUAGUCGUGCAACAUCCAGAGAGGGCACGUAUGUGCGGAUUUGGUGAUAAGGAUCGAAGACCGCUAAGUCCAUCAUUGAUUGUGAAAUUGAUUGUCACCGAUGCGGAGACCGGCAAAGAAGUUUCUCCUUGGGAAUUGAACUCAUCAUUAUUCUUUCUGGCAGCCGACCUUUGUCAUCCUGACGACCUAAUGUUGGCACCACGAAAUCUCUUGGUUCAUCAACAUGCAACCUCUGUGCCAACGUCCAGCGUAGCUUCGUCUGCUUAUGGCGCAGGUGAUCAAAGAAGGCUAUCCAACCCCGGCACGAUCCCGAUGACUUCAAUUAGAGCACCAGGAUCUAGCUACGAUGGUCAGCAAUCUUUUGCCAGUCAGGAAGCUCAACCUACUUCAGCCACAACAUCUCCCUCUUUGCCUGCGACGACUAGAAAUCCGCCUCCGCCACCUUCGAAAACUGCUGCUCAUUCUAGCGGAAUGGAUCCUGCGAUACAAUAUCCGUUUCAUGCAGCAGCGGCAGCGGCAGCAGCCCAGCGAUCAAAUUUAAACUCGGGAGAAGGUAGCUCGACGGGAGGAGCAAAUCAGCUAUCAGGUCAACAGGGUUUAACGACGGUAACGAUGGAACAUUAUACACGAAAUUUAGUCGGAGCAGCAGUUACCAGUGCAAACGUUUUACGAGAUGAAGAAGAUCAAUUUUGCAUAUUUUUUGUUUUACAAGAUUUAAGUGUUAGAACGGAAGGCGUUUAUCGAAUCAGGCUCAUCUUUACCGAUUUGGCUCAACAAGAUGGCGAUACGGCAGAAGGAGUUUCGGAUGCUUUGGCAGAGGCAUAUACGGACACGUUUACAGUUUAUUCGCCAAGACGGUUUCCUGGAAUGCUUGAACCUACCGAAUUAUCGAAAAAAUUGGCCUCUCAAGGUGUAAAGAUUGCCGUUCGAAGUGAUAAAAAGAAACGUCAAAGAGGGGCUGAACAAGCUGGAUUAUCUUGGCCUUCGGAUAUUCGUGGUGUAGCUGGACCUGGUACGUCAGGCAGCGGAGGUGGCGGAAGCAAUGAAGGAGGUGAUGGAGAAGGAGAUGAAGGUGACGAUGAAGAUGAUUGA